UCAACAGUGCUUGUACUUCAUGGUACUUAGCUGCCACCUGGGUUUAAGCCAUGACAUGCAUCUAUAGAGAGGCUGACAUACCCCUGAGGCCUUGUGAAGCUGAUAGAGUCCAAUUCCUUUCAUUUCCCCAGGAGCUCUCAUCAUAGAAGAGAUGCUCCCAAAGAGCUCCUAGGAGUUAGGAAAUGAUCCAUUAGAAAGAAAACAUCUUGACAUUUCUUUACUGCGGCUACCAUGAGCUUAAGGUGCAAUUCCAUACCUGGAAUUCCUUGCUGCACCACUCCACUCCUUUGGAAACAUAAUCCUUCACAAGCACGAAAGUCAUGACCACAUGGACGAGCAGAGGAAGUUAUCAAAGAUAUGACCAGCACAAACAUCACUUAAUUGGAGGACACAUGAUGUGGUCCAUGUGGUGUCAGAGAUCUGACACAAUGUUCUGCCUUUAAUAGUGGUGAUGAUAGAGCCACCACCAUUCGCACCACCAGCCUGAACAGUACGACGGUGGGCUCUGCCAGAGGCACAAGAUGUGGCUGUUGAUUGCAAUCCUGGUUUGGACACAAGCAUCCGUGAACUCAGAAGAUGCCAUCAAGCAGAAAAAGGUCAUAAAUCCCGAGACUUUCAUGAACAUUAGCCAAAUCAUCUGCCACAGAGGGUACCCCAGUGAGGAGUAUGAAGUCCUGACUCGUGAUGGCUACUACGUCAGCCUUAACAGGAUUCCUCAUGGAAGAGCAAACCCUAGGAACAGAGAGCCCAAACCAGUUGUGUUUCUCCAGCACGGCUUACUCGGAGAAGGCAGCCACUGGGUGGAAAACCUACCCAACAACAGCCUUGGCUUCAUACUCGCCGACUCUGGCUAUGACGUCUGGCUGGGAAACAGCCGUGGGACAAGCUGGUCCCAGCGACACCAGCACCUUUCUGCUGACCAGGCUGAAUACUGGGAUUUCAGCUUCCAUGAGAUGGCAAUGUAUGACCUCCCGGCCAUGAUCAACUUCAUCCUGCAGAAGACUGGACAGCAGCAGAUCUAUUACAUUGGCUACUCCCAGGGCUGCACAAUCGCGUUCAUUGCCUUUUCAUCCAUGCCAGAACUGGCUCAGAAGGUCAAACUGUUUUUCGCCCUGGCUCCAGUAGUGACAGUCAAACACGCCAGAAGUCCCAUCAUGAAACUGUCCUUCCUUCUAGACAGGCGAUUCAAGACGUUCCAGCUCCUGCUCGGCAGAACGGAUGCAUCGCUGCGGAUGAGGAAGCUGUGGAGGUUUCUCCCCCAGGUGUGCAGGAACCCACUGCUGCAUAAGCCUUGUGCCAACCUCCUCUUCCUGCUGGGUGGCUACAACGAGAAGAACUUCAACAUGACACGGCUGGAUGUGUACACAUCCCACUAUCCGGACAGGACAUCUGUCAAAACCAUGAUACACUGGGCCCAGGUGAUGAAAUCAGGAGAAUUCAAAGCCUUCGACUAUGGCAGUGAAAACCCAGCCGUGUACCACCAGGAGACACCUCCCUUGUACCAUGUGGAGGAGAUGCCCGUGCCCACUGCGGUGUGGUCGGGAGGAGAGGACUGGGCAGCUGACUGGAGGGACGUCCGCCUGCUGCUGCCCCGCAUCGCCCACCUUGUCACCUAUGGCCACAUCCCUGACUGGAACCACUGGGACUUCAUCUGGGGCUUGGAUGCCCCUGAACGCCUCUAUGGCAGCAUCCUGGAGCUGAUGGAGGGGUCCCAGUAGAGCUGUGGGUCCCCACGGAGAUGCCAGUGGCCUGGCCCCUCUCCUUCAACUGGGACAUUCCAUGCUGUCCCCUCCCUGACCCAGUUGUGGUGAUGGUGCUUCCCACACAGCCCUUGGUCAUCAGGGUUUGUCCUCCUCGCCUGGGAGCUCCUCAUGAACCAGUGAUGCUGUGCAGGCAGGGCAGCACUGGGGCCAACCACACCAGGGCAAGCAGGAGCCACCAGUCAGGCAGCCCUGCUGGACGGGUGAUGAUGGAGCCACAUCCUGGGCUGUGCAAGGGGGAUGUGGGACCCUGCUGUGACCCCAGUGGGUUGGAGAUGAGAGCAUCUGACCCACAAGGAGAUGGGCAGGAGCUGGGAUUGUUGGGUCUGGCCAUGGGUAGGUGAGGUUGUCUCAGUCCAACCCCCAGUCACAGCACAGGAAGGGAUGGAGGGGAUGGAUGGAGGGAUGGAUGGCCAUGGUCCUCUAUGAAGCUCCCACCAGGCUGGUGUCCUGCUGCAGUGCACAUCCCCUUCCAUGUGCUCCCACCUUGCUACUUGCUGGAAAACCAGAGGUGGGGAAGAUACCUCCUAAAUAAAGAAUCAUCAGGAUUGAGGGAACUCUGAAUAUCAUCCAGGCCAAGGCAGGGCCACCCAGAGCAGGUCACACAGGGAUGUGUCCAGGUGGGUUUGGAAUGUCUCCAGAAAGGGAGAUUUGCCACCUCCCUGGGCAGCCUGUUCCGGUGCUCUGCCACCAUCAACACAAAGAAGUUCUUCCUUGUGUUGUGGUGGAAGUUGUGGUUUAGUUUAUGGCCACUGCUCCUUGUCCUAUCACUGGGCACUACUGACAAGAGCCUGGCACCAUUCCCCUGGCACCCACCUUUGAGAUACUGAUCUGCAUCGGUGCCACCCCCUCUUCUCCAGACUAACCAGGCCCAGCUCCCACAGUCUCUUCUCACAAGGGAUGCCCCAGAACCCUCAUCAUCUUUGUGGCCUCUUGUCUGUCUUGUACUGAGGAGCCCAGACCUGGACACAGGGCUCCAGAUGGGGCUCACCAGAGUCAGCAGAGGGGGAGGAUCUUGUCCCUCGAUUUAUUGCCUCACUCCUGCCUCUGUGUCUUCCCGUCCCCCUGAAGAUACUCUUGUUCCUCCUGGCUUAAGGGCACGCUGCUGAUCACACCACUGAUGACGAUCUUCUGAGCUCUGCCCUUUACAGAAUCCCAGACUGGUUUGGGUUGGAAGGGACCUUAAAGCUCCUCCAGCUCCAACCCCUGCCACGGGCAGGGACCCCUUCCACUGGAGCAGCUGCUCCAAGCC